CAAAAAUGUUUACUUUAAUGAUUAUAAGAUUUGCAAGAAAUAAAAGAUUUACAGGAAAGAAAAAAACACCCAAAAAAGAAAGUAGAAAAAAAGAGAAAUAGAUAUUUCCCCAUUAAUCUUGUAAAAUUUUCCUUUGCAUAAUCCUCCGAUCUUUUAGUAAAAAUUUGAUAAAAACGAACAGAGAGAUGAUGACUCUUAACACGCUAACCUGAUCCGAAAUUUUCUUUCUUUUUUGUUUUUCAUCACAGAAAAAAAGAGGAUUGAUUCUUUGAUCUCAAACAAAAACUCUUACUUUGGUCACUGUGAUUUUUGAUUCCAUUUAUUCUUCUUUUUGAAGCGAAUCUGAGUUUUGUUUUCAUGUCCGCGAGGAUUUCAUUUCUGAAAAAUCCCGAUCCGUGCAAUCACUUAUCUGAUUAUAAGCUUAGAUAUGGUACUGAUGGUUACAAAUCUUUCAAUAACUUGUUCAGAUGCUUCAACGAUGCAAGGAUUAAGAUCAAACUUCAAGGAAUCGACAUACCCAGAUGCAGUUAUUGUUCUGUUUAUCAAAAGAGACUCUACAUCUGUUUGAUCUGUCGUUCCAUUUCUUGUUCAAGUCAUAUCCUUUUGCAUACCCAGUUGAAUAAAGGCCAUGAUAUCGCCAUUGAUGUCGAAAGAUCUGAGCUUUAUUGCUGUGCUUGCAUCGAUCAAGUGUAUGAUUCUGAGUUCGACGAGGUUGUUGUGUCUAAGCAGCUUUUUGGUUUGGGUAUGUCUGUUAAAUCAGGGGCUGAUGUUGUUGCGGUUAGAUCGAACAAGAAGAGGAGAUUGGACUCGCAAUUGAUCAUAGGGUCGAAUUUUUUGGUCUCACCUCGAGAUCGAAGGGAGAAAUGGACGUUUCCUUUGGGGUUGAGAGGUUUGAACAAUCUGGGAAGCACUUGUUUUAUGAAUGCUGUGUUGCAAGCACUUGUUCAUGCUCCUCCUUUGAGAAACUUUUGGUUGAGUGGUCAACAUAAUCGUGAUCUUUGUCCUAGAAGAACAAUGGGUUUGUUGUGUUUGCCUUGUGAUCUUGAUGUUAUCUUCUCUGCUAUGUUUUCUGGUGAUCGGACUCCAUAUAGCCCUGCUCAUUUGCUUUACAGUUGGUGGCAGCACUCAACGAAUCUAGCUACAUAUGAGCAGCAAGAUUCUCACGAGUUCUUCAUUUCGCUAUUGGACCGUAUCCAUGAGAACGAAGGGAAGUCGAAAUGUUUGUAUCAAGAUAAUGAGGAGUGUCAGUGUAUCACCCACAAGGCAUUCUCUGGUCUUUUAAGAUCAGAUGUCACCUGUACAACAUGUGGAUCCACAUCAACAACAUAUGACCCGUUUAUCGACAUUUCACUUACUUUAGAUUCAAUGAAUGGAUUCUCUCCCGCUGAUUGCAGAAAGAACAGAUACAGUGGUGGACCAAGUGUGAACGCAAUCAUGCCAACUCUCUCGGGUUGCUUAGAUUUCUUCACACGGUCAGAGAAACUCGGUCCAGACCAGAAACUAAACUGCCAAAGCUGUGGAGAAAAGAGAGAAUCUUCGAAACAAAUGUCUAUAAGAAGACUUCCUCUGCUUCUUUGCUUGCACGUAAAGCGUUUCGAACAUUCUCUUACCCGUAAAACCUCGAGAAAAAUUGAUAGCUACUUGCAGUAUCCGUUCCGCCUAAACAUGUCUCCUUACCUCUCUUCCUCCAUCAUCGGAAAGCGGUUUGGGAACAGAAUAUUUGCCUUUGAUGGAGAAGGUGAGUAUGACAGUUCGUCAUCAUCAUCUCCAUCAGCGGAGUUUGAGAUAUUUGCGGUUGUGACACACAAGGGGAUGUUGGAAUCAGGUCACUAUGUGACGUAUCUGAGGCUUAAAGGGUUGUGGUAUAGAUGUGAUGAUGCAUGGAUCAAUGAGGUUGAAGAAGAAGUGGUGAGAGGAUGUGAGUGUUACAUGUUGUUCUAUGCACAAGAGACAGUGAUUCAAAAAGCUCAUAAGGAGUUGAGUUAUCAAGUUAUCUCCAUGGCUGAUGCAUUUCCCUUUGCUGAUUGCUGACUCUUAACUUGGCCAAAGAUUUUGACGCAUUUUCCCUUACUACUUUUUUUAAUUGAUUUAAGGUUUAUGCCAAAUAUUUGAAAGCCAAGUUUAAUGAUUAAAUUUCUUUCACUAUAUCAGUGUUCAAGUUUACGACAUCAGACUCUCACGUCAGCGUCAGCUAGAAAAUACGACUUAUGCUUCUCACAUGUUAACUUCUGCAGUAAACUAUGAAAAUGGGACAGUAAUACACAAAAUUUCUUACAUAUUUUUUUAAGAGUCAACGAGACAAAAGAGGUUAAUAAUCUUCAGAGAAAAACAUUCCACGUGUACCGCAGAGACCAAAACAAACAAUCAUCUCAUCUCAUGCCUCGUCUGCGCCAAUCUCUAUCUCGCUCUCUGCUUCUAUCAUGAUCGUCUCUCUCGCGACUUGAGCUCUUUGCUCUUCGUUUUCGGUCCUUGUCCAAAUCAUGUUGUUGCCUAUCUCUGUCUCUGUGU